AUGCAGACUGCUUCUACAAACAUUUGUGAAAGAAUGGGUCGCUCUCAGGAGCUCAGCGAAUUCAAGCAUGGUACCGUGAUAGGUUGCCACCUGUGCAAUAAGUCCAUCCGUGAAAUUUCCUUGCUACUAAAUAUUUCACGGUCAACGGUUAGUGGUAUUAUAACAAAGUGGAAGUAACUGGGAACAACAGCAACUCAGUAAAAUGACAGAGCGGGGUCAGCGCAUGUUGAAGAGCAGACUGCGCAGAAGUCGCCAACUGUCUGCAGAGUCAAUAGCUAAAGAACUCCAAACUUCAUGUGGCCUUCAGUUUAGCACAACAACAGUUCCUAGAGAUCUUAAUUGAAUGGGUUUUCAUGUCCAA